AUGAGCCCUUACCUGACUCUGGCAUUACUAGCCAGCUCUACUCUCGCGCAAUCCACAGUUCAGCUAUUCAAUUUCUCGAGCUACGUCGAUAUCGAAAACAGCGCUCUUCGCCCGAAUGGCCACCUCCUUCUCACUACCUUCGACCAAGGCCGCCUCUACACCCUCGACCCUUCCGGUCGCACUCACCAGGCUCACCUAGUCGCCGCUCUCCCUGGGGCCACCGCUCUCUGUGGAAUAACAGCCAUUGACAAUGACAAGUUUGCCAUUGUUGGGGGAAUCAGAGGCAGCUACAGCUACACCAACGAGACUCUCUAUACUGUCGACUUUACUCAGGAUACUGUCAAGCCUAUCGUCCGGACGGCCGCUCGAAUCCCCAAUGCUGUGAUGCUCAACGGCAUGGCUUCGUUGCCCACACAACCCUAUAUCGUUCUCAUCGCAGAUUCACGCCUUGGAUGCAUAUUCCGUGUCGAUACAAGAACGGGUAUCUCUAAAAUAGCCUUCAAGGACGAUGCUCUGGCUGCACCCACAAAUGCAAGCAUUCCAAUCGGAAUCAAUGGGUUAAAGGUUGCUCGAGGCUACGUGUACUUUACCAACACAGCACGAGGGACAUUCUCACGAAUCCCAAUCAGUGCGGAUGGGCUGGAAUUCGGUGAUGUGGAGCUUAUCGAUACUCUGAACAUGGGCGCUACUAAAGACGACUGGGAUGACUUUGCCUUGGAUACAGAGGGCGUCGCGUAUGUUGCGCAGCCCAACAAUUCUAUCGCAAGGAUUCAGCUAGAUGGCGGACAGAGUGUUGUUGCAGGUGGAGGAGGGACGAAAGAUAUCAUCGGGCCUACUUCUGUUCAAAUCGGCCAGAAGGGAGAGUUAUAUGUUACCACGCGCGGUGGAACCGUUGAUGGCGUUUCGUAUAGUGGUCAAGUAGUUGAAGUAAAACUAACUAGCUGA